AUGAAAGCUGUUCUCACCAAGGGAAUCGGCGGCACGCCGACCGUCACUGAAAUCGAGAUGCCAACACCAGGGCCUACAGAAUUGCUUGUGAAGUCGCUAUAUAUGGCAUUCAACCCAGUUGAUGCAUUCAUGAUUUACACAGGAAUGCUGGUCGAGCAAUGGCCCAUAACGCUCGGUGUCGACGGUGCUGGUGUGGUCACUGAGCUAGGCGACAAGGCCGCCGAGUUGGGCUUCAAGAAAGGCGAUAUCGUCUGUGGAUGUGCCCGCCUGGGCGUCCCGAACCACGGCACCGCACAAGAGUACCACCUGCGAGACGCACUCGUGUCCAUCAAGAAGCCCUCUAACGUCUCCGUCGCCGAAGCAGCAACCCUCGGAGGCGGCUUCCAAACCGCCGCCAUCGCGCUCGUGGAAGGCGUGCACAUCCCUCUUCCUGAAAAGAAGGAGUCCAAAGUCGGCGAAUGGGUCCUGGUCUUCGGCGGGGCGGGAGCCGUUGGGCGCGCAACAGUCCAGUUCCUGCUUCUUGCAGGCUAUGAUGUGGUCACUACUUGCUCAGCCCGCUCGAAGGAAGACCUAGAAGCACUCGGCACCACCACAGUUGACUACAAGCAGCCCGAAGACGCACAAGUCGAGCAGAUCCUGAAGAUCACAUCCGGCAAGCUCUCCAAAAUCAUCGAUGCCUCGGGCAACGACAACCCCGUCGUCGCCAAGAAGCUCUUCAGUGGCCUCAGCGGAGAGAAACUAUUCGCUACCACGAACGACUGGUCAAACAUCACGGACUUCGAGGGCGGCAAGACCUACGAGAUCCGGCUGGGCCCAAUUGGAGCCCCUCGUGGCGAAAAGCUGAAUAAGGAUAUGGCGAAGUACAACAAAGUCAUAGAGAAGCUCUUUGAGGAUGGGUUGUUGUCCACGUCGCAGUACGACGUAGCUGGAGAGGGCUGGGACGAGGUCGUGAAGGCGUACAACUAUCAUAAGGAGGGCAAGGGCGGAAAUAAGCGAGUGCUUGUCCAUCUUCAAGAUGAAUGA